AUGAGCAAUCCAAAUGAGAAUUUACAAAAGGAAAAUAAUUCAGAGGAGGAAAAAAAUGAGGACAAAAACAAUCCGAACAAUUAUGGCUUUGAAAAAAUCGCAGUGUUUCUCUCAUGGGCUGUAGUGGUUGUACUUUUACCAUUUUCACUUCUCUUUAUAAUAUCUGUGGCGUACGAGUUCGAGCGUUUUGUGAUCUUCCGCCUGGGGCGUGUCCGAAAGCGUUCCUAUGGCCCCGGAAUAGUUUAUAAUCUUCCCUGCAUUGAUGAGAUCGCUGCAGUGGAUAUUCGCACAGAUGUCGUUAAUGUCGAUCCCCAGGAUCUGAUGACUAAGGACUCGGUUUCGAUUAACGUUAAUGCAGUUGUAUAUUACUGCGUUGUCGAUCCCAUCCAAUCCCUAAUAAAGGUAGAAAACUACCGUCAGUCCACGGAGAUGAUUGCCCAGGUAACCCUGCGUAAUGUGGUGGGCUCCAAGCCGCUCCACAUUUUAUUGACCUCUAGGCAGUUGCUCACCCUUGAGAUCCAACAGGCAGUGGCUGAGAUCACAGGAAAGUGGGGAAUUCUUGUUGAGAGAGUGGACUUAAUGGAUAUAAAGCUGCCAUCAAGUCUUGAACGGUCCUUGGCGAGCGAGGCAGAGGCCAGGAGGGAGGCUCGUGCGAAAAUUAUCCUUGCUGAAGGCGAAGCAAAGGCCUCUCAAGCUCUUAGCGAUGCCUCUAAAGUUAUGUCCCAAAACCAAAUAACACUGCAGCUGAGACAUCUGCAACUCCUUCCAUCAAUGGCCAGGGAGCGACGGAUAAAUAUACUUUUCCCCAUUCCCUUAGAAAUGAUGGCCCCAUUUAUGGAUAACGAGCAAAACAAGAAAGCCGACAGCCAGAAAGAUAAAAAGAAAAAUAAGCACAUUGACUUCUAUGUCCCAAAAGUAAUUUUUAGUGGAUCUCCACCAGAUAACUUUCCGGCUGAAGAGUCUCCAAGCCUUAUCCAGCGCCUGGCACUUCUUUUGAAUCGUCCACACCCAACGCGUUCGUCACGUGAUAGAAAAUCGGAGGAAGAACCCUAUCCUCUUCCAUCUACCCCCGCAACUCCUAAAGAGAAACUACCUCCUAUUCCUCCACCUCCUCCUCGGCCACUUCUUCCUUUAAUCCCACCGCAUCCGACUAUGCCUCCUCUACCGCCGGUUCCCAACCGUCCAGCUCCCCCUCAGAGAUCUCAGUCGGUGCCGAAAUCGUCAGAUAGAAAAUAA